GGCAGAACAAGAUGCGAAGCUUAAUGUAGCAAGACGGGAAUGGUUAGAGUUCAACACUUUUGGUGGUGGAACAAAUGAAGGAUGUUGUGUUGGCCAGCGGUUGCUCUGGAGCAAUCGAGAUAGCAUUAAACGCCCUAGUUGAUCAUGGUGAUAACAUCCUAAUUCCAAGACCUGGUUUCUCUCUUUACAAAUGCAUCUGUGGAUCGAGGGGGAUUGAAGCACGAUCUUAUAAGCUCUUUCCUGAAAUUGGUUGGGAAGCCGACUUGGACGAUAUGGCUUCACUUAUUGAGGAGAGAACAAAGCGUAUUGUCGUUGUCAACCCAUCAAAUCCUUGUGGUUCUGUGUACAAAAGAGAACAUUUCGGAGAAGUUUUAAACAUUGGUGAAAAAUACCGCGUCCCAGCUCUCUGUGAUGAAGUUUACGCGCAUGUCAGGUACUUCAAAUUAUUCAACAACAACUGUUUAAUAAUGGGAUACCUUUACCUGACAUGGCAGCGCUUGGGGGUGACAAGUUCAAAGUAGUAGGUCAAGUGAUGGUUAGUUCAAUUGUGCAAGGUGGACCAGCACCGUGUUUCUUUUCAGACAAAGUUUAUAUGUAUGUGACUGAAAUUAUUUCAAGUAUAACAACUGAAGGAUGGAUUCCAGAAGUAAAGGAUAUUACGCUUGUUAAAGCUAUAGAGAAGAUUACAAAUUGUUCAACCGACGAACAUUUACAAAGUGUGUUGCAAGAAGACGCCAUGUUGCAUGUUUUGCAACAGAUUCACUACAGGGGAGUGCCAUCAAGAGAAUCAUUACAAUCUGCUAAAAACAUCUUAAGAGCAAUUGUAAUGAAUGAUUUUUCACGUUUCCUGCCUAUGCUGGACCAGCUUAUGAUUGCAUUAGGUUUGUUCAAUGUGAUUAAAGCAAUGAAAGAAGAAAAGGCAGCAAUGAAGGCACUAUUUGUUGCGGAGUGUUCUUUUUUUUUGCCUUUUGCCGAUCAGAUGUUAGAUGGGAUGACAGCUGAAUUUAGUGAAGAAGGAAACAAUUGCAAAAUGGCAGAAGUUGAUGUUUAUAAAUUCUUUCUCGAUUUCUUGCAGGAUUCCAAUGCUUUCCGAGGGACGCAUGCCACUAACACCUUGUACAUGUUGCACAAAUUCAUAACUGGAUGCGAGCAACUUCCACCAUUAGGAUUACCAAAACCCAUAACGGUUAAAUUCAAGCAUGGAUGUACAGAAAGGUGCAAGUGUCGGUCAACUGCUUCAACUUGUGAUCUAAGCAUUACAUUGCCUGUUCAUUAUAGAGAUAGUUACAACCAACUAAAAGAGGCAAUUGACUCUGCACUUAUCGAAGGAAAUGGAUUUCGUUUCAUUUAAUAAUGAUAAUUGUAUUUUAUCAUUUACAGGGGAAUAGCAAUCAACGGGAGUGUUAACAGUAAAAAUUCAUAAUUUUUAAUGGUAACAACUGCAUUAUUAGUUAUUAGUUAAGUUCAUAUUUAAUUGUUUUGUUAAAAAAACGUUAGGUAACAAUGAAUCCAAUU